AAACCAACUGCUCCAAAAUACCAAGAUAUACUCUUUAUCGUUCUCUUUGUCACCUAUAUUCUUGGAGUUGGUGUAUUGUUUGGAAUAACCUUCAUUAUAUCCGACCCUGCUCCUGAUCCCAGCCCUACAUAUGGUGAUGAUAGCAGUAGUUCUGACUCGUCCUACUUCAUUUAUCAGUUGCUCUGGAUGAACUUUGUUGCUUCUAUGGUGGCUGCCCUCUUUGCUGGAAUCUGGUUUUGUUGUGCCAUCAACCGCUCCAAGCCUCUGGUCAAAUGGACCUUUAUCCUUGGCAUUGUGCUUAGUAUUCCAAUAACUAUACUGCUCCUACUGCAAUCGUUUAUUUGCGGAGUGUUAUCCUUGAUGUGGUCCAUCGUAUUGAUUGUGGUCUAUAUAACAAGGAGGAAUAGGAUGGACUUUACAUCAGCACUCUUGUCAUCCUCUACCAAACUUGCCUUGAAGUAUAGAGCAGUAAUCCGAGUGUCCAUCGUAGCAUGGUUUAUCACCAUCGUGUGGUUUGUCAUAUUGAUCACAGUGAUGGAACUGAUCUCCAGAUCAUUUGAUGGCAUCUUGUUUGGAUUCUUUUUCAUCUACCUUGUGUUUGCCGCCUACUGGAUGUACAACGUUAUCAAGAACGUAGUUCACACAACAGUGAGUGGUCUGUUUGCAUCUUGGUACUUUAUGGAUGAAAGUGGUGCCAGCAUGCCAGAGUAUCCAACUCUUAGAUCUCUAAAUAGAGCCAUGACCACGUCAUUUGGAUCCAUCUGCUACGGCUCUCUGCUGAUAUCAAUCGUGGACACACUCAACGUUUUGUCGAUCCAAAUGAGUGGAUCGAUGAACCUCAUUGUCCGACUCCUUGGCUGCAUCCUCCAUGGCUUAUUGUAUCUAUUGCGCAACGUUCUACAACUUUUCAACACGUACACAUUUACACAGGUGGCCAUCUAUGGAAAGUCAUACUGCCAGGCUGCUAAAGACACUGUCGAGUUGUUCAAACGAAGACAAUCUGAGCUCGUGACCAACCAGAUCUACGUGAGAACAGUUAUCUUUGUUACCUGUUUAGUUGGUGGAAUGAUUGGAGGCAUCAUUGGACACUUUGUAGCGGUCAAUGGACUACAUCUUUCCUAUGGAGGUCUAACAGCAUUCAUCCUCACCUUUUGUUAUAUACGCAUCAACUUGGAGGUUAUCUAUUCUGGAGUGGUAUCGAUGUUUGUUUGUUAUAUGAUUGACCCUGAAACACUUGGUCGCAAUCAUCCAGAACUCUAUGCUUUGUACACCUCU